UUACGAGUCGUUCGCGAAGGGACGUGUGCGUUCAGUCUCUAGGUAGCCUCCGCCCGUAACGCGUCGUUCCUUCUGUUUCCUUAGUCUAGUAUUUAACGCUUUAAUUUAUCGUCUCGCGAUUUCCUUCUUCCAUAAUCUCGCCUCUUCUUAAUCUUUUCCUUUUUCUUCAUCCUUCGUGCUCUAGCUGUCUCUCUCUCUCACUCUCUCUCUUUCUCUUUUUUCUUUCUAUCUAUCUAUCUAUCUAUUGAUCUAUCUAUCUAUCUCUCUCUUUUUCCUCUUUUUGAACUAAUCGACGCGAAGAAAAUUAUACGCAUACACGCGCGCACAUAUAAAUACAUACAUAUACAACGUGUACGUCGAAAGAAUACUCGGACAUCAUAUAUAUAUAUAUAUACAUAUAUAUACACACACACCAAAUACGCACGUACGCAUAUAUACAAAGAAAGAGAGAGAGAGAGAGACGUACGUAUAAGUAGACACGCGUUAACACAAAGCUCGCACGCGAGUUCUUUCUCUUCACACGUCCUCGUUCCUCCUUCACCUCUUCUCCUCUUUCCUCCUGGAAUAGAGGAAGAGACGAAUGAGCGCGAUACGACGUCGGUUUUCAUCUUCUUCUUCGUCGUCGUCGUCGUCGUCAUCGUCGUCGUUGCCGUCGUCGCCGUCGUCGUGGUGAAAUUAAACGUGUGUGUUACUAACGCGUAUCUCUCUCCCUCGGAAAAGCGAGAGGAAGAGAAAAAGAGAGAGUAUCAUUUCGAGGGAAAGGCGAAACAUAAAUGCCGAUUUACGUGCGCCCGCGUCGUUGUACUUUUCUUUCAUUGAUUUCCCCUUCCGUUCCGGGCGGUGGUGCGAGAGCGUGAUAAGAGAAGAAGGAGUAGAAGAAGAAGAAGAAAUAGUAGAAGAAGUAAUAGAGGAAAAAGAAGACUCGCGCUGCAUUCGAAAAUAUAAAGACAAGAAGAGGAUCCGAGGAAAAAAGAACGUAGAUCGUUCGUGGCCUGUCGCGUUUCAAAGUUUUCUUUGAAACCAGAUUAAAGAAAAAGAAAAAAAGAAAGAGAGAAAAAGAGAGAGACAUACAUAGUCUCUCGAGUGAGAAGAGAAAAUAAAAAGAAAUACAAAUAAUAUUAAUAAUACUAAAAAAAAAAAAAAAAAAAAAAAAAAAAAUAAAUAAAUAAAUAAAAAGAAAAAAGAGAAAUAAAGAGCGAAGAAAAGGAAAGAUUUUCUUUCUUUCCUUCUCGGUACUUGAUUUCACGUGCGAUAUCGGGUAAUAAUAAGAAAGGAAAAAGAAAGAAAAGAAAAAAAAAUAAAGAAAGAAAUUGGAGAACGGAAGGAAAGAAGGAAGGACAGGAGUCGAGAGAGAGAGAAAGAGAGAGAGAGAGAGAGAUACAUAGACAGAGAUAGAGAUAGAGAAAAAGAAAAAAGACAGAAACGAGAAACGAACGAACGAAGGGAAAGAAAAAAAAAAUUGGACUUGUGAUAAAGCGAACAUAGAGACGCAUUAAUAUACAAAGGGAUAAGGGAUAGCCUGGAUUAUUUUUUGGGGAAGUGAGAGUGAGAGAGGUGAACGAAGGACGACAGAUUUCGUACGUAGUUAGUGACGACCCCUCAGAGGAGUGCAAUGAUGGCGAACGGAAUGGACACUGUCGUACAACAAAAUGGAGGAUCCACUCUCGGACAGACAUCGCAGGAGGAGUCGAAGACGAAUCUCAUCGUAAAUUAUUUGCCUCAGAGUAUGACGCAGGAUGAAAUCCGUUCUCUCUUCUCCAGUAUAGGCGAGGUCGAAAGCUGCAAGCUUAUCCGCGACAAACUUACCGGUCAAAGUUUAGGAUAUGGCUUUGUCAACUAUCACCGGCCUGAAGAUGCUGAGAAGGCCAUAAACACUCUCAAUGGUCUUCGUCUGCAGAAUAAAACUAUCAAGGUAUCGUACGCGAGACCGAGCAGCGAAGCAAUCAAAGGUGCGAACCUUUAUGUGAGCGGCUUGCCGAAGAACAUGACGCAGCAGGAUUUGGAGAACCUUUUCAAUCCUUACGGAAGGAUCAUUACUUCUCGGAUACUCUGCGACAACAUCACCGUACGACAGUUUGUGCUCGGCGGCGGAGACAAUUUGCCCGGCUUGUCGAAAGGGGUCGGUUUUAUAAGGUUCGACCAACGUGUCGAGGCCGAAAGGGCGAUUCAAGAACUGAACGGAAGCGUUCCGAAGGGCUCGAGUGAGCCGAUCACCGUCAAGUUUGCCAACAAUCCAAGCAACAACAAGGCGAUACCGCCGUUGGCCUAUCUGGCACCCCAGGCGACACGUCGCUUUGGCGGCCCGAUCCACCAUCCAACUGGCCGCUUCAGGUACAUUCCACUGUCGCCACUAUCCAGUCCAUCCUGAUCUGGCGAGAGUAAGAAAACGAACUAGAGAAUUUAGAAGGAGAGUUAGAGGACGAGUUUUUAGAAAGAUUCUCGUGAUUGUGUUUUUUUGUCUCUCUCUCUCUUUCUCACUCUCUCUUUCUCUCUCUCUCUCUCUCUCUCUCUCUCUCUUUUUUUCUCUCUGUUUCUUUCUCUCUCUUUCUCUCUUUCUUUUUCUCUCGCUCGUCGUUGUUUACGUCGGAAGGAGGAGGAUUGUUCGAGUUAGCGAAGGAAUUAACGGUUUCCUUUCUUGAGAUUUGACGAGACGAUGCCGCGAACGAGAGCGAACAAGAACUCAUCAAGUCGAGCAUAUUUUUCUCUUUAUUAUUAUUAUUAUUAUUAUUAUUAUUAUUAUUAUUAUUAUUAUUAUUAUUAUUAUUAUAUUAUUACUAUUAUCUUUUUAUUCUUUGCUAUUUUUCUUUUUCUUUAUUGUUGUUUACAUUUCCAUCUAUACAAUAAAGUAUUUUGCAGUAAA